GCGGAAGCAGAGCGCAACUGUGGAGAUUCCCGGAGCAGUUGCUCACUAUGAGUUAUACAGGGUUUGUCCAAGGAUCAGAAACAACUCUACAAUCCACAUUUUCUGAUACUACUGCCCAGCCCACAUGUGACUAUGGAUAUGGAACCUGGAACUCUGGGUCAAACAGAGGUUACGAGAACUAUAGUUAUGGAUAUGGAUAUGGUCAGGAUAACACUACCAGUUAUGGGUAUGGUGUGGCCAGUUCAAACUCUUGGGAAAUUCCUAACUCCGACACAAAUACAAACCCUAAUGCUUCUGCUAGCACCGGUACUGAUACUGUUCUGUCCAAAAUUAAUCAGCGCUUUGAUGUGGUGUCUCACCUAGAAACGGACAUGAUGCAAGGAGCACUAUAUGGCUCAGGUGGAGACAGGUAUGAUUCCUACGAAGCAUAUGACUCCAGGGCUGCACUGAGCGACCGUGAUCUGUAUAGAUCCGGCUAUGACUACAGUGAGAUUGACCCUGAAAUGGAGAUGGCCUAUGAAGGCCACUACGAUGCCUACCGGGAUCAUUUUCAAGUCCGUGAUGCCUUUGGCCAGCGGACACAGGGCUGGGCCAGAGAUGGCCGCACUAACCAGCCUAUGGCUGCGGGCUAUGGGCGCAUGUGGGAUGACCCCAUGGGGGCCCGGGGCCAAUGUGUACCGGGUUCGUCCCGCCUCCCAUCCCUCUUCUCUCAGAACAUUAUUCCUGAAUACGGCAUGUUUCAGAGCAUGAGAGGCUCCUAUGGGAACAUGCGAUUUGGCUUCGGACUUGGCAGUGGGAUGAAACAAAUGAGGAGAACCUGGAAGACCUGGGCUACUACAGACUUCCGGAAUAAAAAGAAGAAGCGAAAACAAUCAAAUAGCACAGAUGAACCUGACAGCAAAGCACCUAAGACGGAUGGCUCUGAGAACAGCGACUCUGACAAUGAUGAGGGGACUGAAGGUGAGAUGGCAGAAGGAACAGAAGCCCCUGAUGCAGCUAGAAAGAGCUCCAGAACAGAAGGAGAAGAGGAAGAAAUAAAAGAAGAUGGGAAGGAAGAAAGGAAAGAAGAUGCUGAAAAAGGAGCACUGACUAUCCAGGAGGAAAUCAGUCAAAUCAAACGCAAAUUACAGGCUGGCAAGAAGACCCAGGAGAAGCAGAAGAAACGUCAGCGGGACCGGAUGGUGGAAAGGAUCCAAUUUGUGUGUUCUCUCUGCAAAUAUCGGACCUUUUAUGAUGAUGAAAUGACCAGCCACUUAGACAGCAAAUUCCACAAGGAACAUUUCAAGUUUGUAGGCACUAAAUUGCCAAAACAGACUGCAGACUUUUUGCAGGAAUAUGUUGCUAACAAAACCAAGAAGACAGAAGAACGUCGCAAAACCAUCGAGGACCUAAAUGGUGUGAUCCAGCAGAUCUAUAAAGAUCAAGAUCUUACUCAAGAGAUUGCCAUGGAGCACUUUGUGAAGAAAGUGGAGGCAGCUCACUGUGCAGCCUGUGACCUGUUCAUUCCCAUGCAGUUUGGGAUCAUACAGAAGCACCUCAAGUCCAUGGAACACAACCGAAACAGAAGACUCAUGAUGGAACAGUCUAAGAAGUCCUCACUUAUGGUAGCUCGAAGUAUCCUGAACAAUAAGCUCAUUAACAAGAAACUAGAACGAUAUCUUAAGGGUGAGAAUCCUUUCACGGAUGACCCUGAAGAAGAGAAGGAGCAAGAAGAAGGAGAUGGAAGUGCUGUGGAAGAAGGAGUGGUUGAAGGGGAAGAUGAGAACAAAACCAAUGAGAAAAGCACCUCAGGACAACCUAGACUUGAGGCAGGGGGCCAGAACCAGCAGCCUGAAGUAACAGCUGGGCCUGGAGAACAAACCUCAGCAAAGAGUGUGAUAGAGGAGCAAUCAGGUCUGGAGCUACCCCCAGAGGAGGAACCAGUGCCCUUAUUAGGAGGUGCCUUGCAGCAGCAGAUCCGGGGUAUCCCUGGCCUGGAUGUGGAAGCUGAUGAAGAUGAAGAAUGAAGGAGCCAAACUUCAUGGGGGGGGAAAUGGGAGAGAGCUCAGACCUGUUUUGAGUCAUCAUUAAAUCUUUUGAAUAGAGUGGUAAUGUGUGAGACUUGCUAACACCCACUUAACUGUUCUGUCCCGUGAAAGCCUAACCUCUUUUGUAAAGGGUUAUGGAAAUAGGGGAGUCUUUUUGGUUGUUGCAUGGGGUCUUGAAGUGUAGAGAGAGGAUUGAGUGGUUUUUGUUUGGAAACCCCAAUUACAUUAUAUCUCAGUUUUGGGCCCCUUGAAUUGAGGUACCUUUUCUUUAGGAGCAUCAUCUUUUAUAGUAUAUGCAACAGGGUAUAUGAAAAGGUGUGGGCUUCUAGUCCUCUUCUUAAGGCAGCUUUGUUUAUAAUUGUUGGUUCUGGGUUUGAAAGGACUCUCUCUGGAAAAAGAAAUUUCCCUGUGUUCUGCCCCAGAUUUCCACAACAACUCUGCCUGUUUAAUAAUUUUAUUUUAAUCUCUUCCUUUUGCUGCAAAGCAAAAGCAGCAUCAUAUUGUUUGUAAAAAUCUAAAAUAAAUGUUCAUUCAGAACUGAUAAAA